UUACCGUCUUUUUACCAUUUCAAUCAAGUUCAAAAUUUCCUAGUGAAUUCCUGAAUUCCAUUUUCCAUUAUUCCUGUUUCCAGUUUGUUGGUUCCAAGUUUUUAUGUGAGGUGCGGGUUUCGGUGUCUACAAUUUUCUGUCUUGCAUUUGUUGUUUUAACAAUAAAGAAACCGCCUCUAAGAAACAAAAACAACUGAAAAUAAACGAAACAAUGGCAAACAAAUCCAAACCCCUUUUUACUUUUUAGUAGAUUUCCAAAUUUAUAGGGCAAACAGUCACUAACAAUUCUUCGGUUUUGGGUAAAAACAAUUCAGCAGUCCUCACAGGGGAAAAACCAUGACAGCACAAGGCCAAUCAAACCGAUGGUUUCUGAAAAAUACUUGUUCGGCAGAAUUAAUUGAAAUUCAUAAGUCACAAGAAGCUCCAGUAGGACGCCAUCGCGAAGCAACAGUCUGCUUGCGGAGCGGUAAGGUCUCCCGCUACCAUGCCUGUCUCGGCCUCACCAACGAUGGCAAAUUAUGGCUGAAAGAUCUUAAAAGUUCUAAUGGAACAUAUGUCAAUGAAACACGCAUAGAGCCAUUUGAACUUGAAUUAGUCGAUAAUGGGGCAAAAUUAGGUUUUGGUCUGGCAUCAAUUGAUGGGGCAGAAGAAGAAAAAGAUGAACUAAUUUUUUGGGAAGUAAUGCACCGAAGGGAAAACGAUGAUGAUGAUAAAAAUACAUCAUUAAAUGACAUUGAAAAAACUCCCAAUCAGGUUUCUGCGGUUGUACAAAAUGGGGGAACAUUCGAAUUUGCAAGCAACAAAAAUGAAAUCAUUGAAGUUUCCGAUGAGGACAUUGAAGUAAAUUGUGAGAAAUCGAAAAAUAAAAAAGUUAGUGAACGAAGUUUUGAACCGCAACCAGGUACAUCAACUAGUGAAAUAGAAAAAAUACUUGAAUCGUUUGAGGUUGAAGUUACUAAAGUUGUCAGAAGAUCCAAUAUUGAAUAUGGAGAUUACUCAGUGAAUGAGAAAGAAGAUUCAUCGAGUAAGCAAAAAGUAGAUGAAAUUCCUCACUUAUCCUCUGAAAAUGAAGGGAAUGAAAAUAAUUCGAAUAAAAAAGAAAAGCUAUCAAGUAAACGAAAUGAAGAUGAAAUUGCUCAGUUAUCGUCUAAGGAUGAAGUGAAUGGAAAUAAUUCCAAUGAAAAAGGAGAGCCACUAAGUAACCAAAAAGAAGAUAAAAUUCCUCACUUAUCCUCUAAAGAUGAAGUGAAUGAAAAUAAUUCCAAUAAAAAAUGUGAAGAUAAAAAAGAAAAAGACGACGACUCUGAUAUGUCUGACAACGACUUCAGCUGCAGCCAAAUUUUCCACAUGUCACAAAUUCCGGAUCCGGUGGAUUUUCAAAAAAUCAAAGACGAAAUGGCUGAAAUGAAUUAUACUGAGGACCCAUUGAUUUUGAACCCAACUCCGAUAAGUAUCGAUGACGGAUAUGACAAUACCCAAGAGAUUGUUGAUAUUUUGGAUAAUGACUUUGAUGAUACUAUUGAGUCCAUUUUUACUACUAAACCACCAUCGGCAGAAUGUUCCACUAGUAACAAUUUGAAAUCAGCAAAAGCUUCACCAAGAAAAUCGUCCAGGCUUGAAUCUCGACAACCAGCAGAUUCACUUACUAGAAGGAAAAGUUGUUUGGAUUCUCCUAAGAAGAAAAAACUUGGAAAUGACUCAAAUAAUACAGCAGAUUCGCUUACUAGAAGAAAAAGUUGUUUGGAUUCUCCUAAGAAGAAAAAACUUGGAAAUGACUCAAAUACAUCUAGAGCCAGUACCAGUAAAAGACAACUUAAAAGAAGGCAUAGUUCAACAAGUGAAGCAAACAAAGUUGAAACUCUUGACUUAGAGAAACAGAUGGAAUUGAUUUGUAAUUCUAAGUCACCAAACAAAAACAAUGUGUUAAAGGAAUCCAAAAGAAAUUCUAGACGAUCUUUGGAACCAGAUAAAGGUAAAAAACCAAAACUAGAUAAACAGUUGACGUCAAGCCCUGAUAAAAAUCUGUCAAAAGAAUCAAGAGGAAAGCGAAAAUCAUCGCUUGGAGAAUCAAAGGCAUCGAAAGAAUCUGAAAGUAAGCACAGGAGAUCUUCAGUUAGAAUAGAUAAAAGGGAAAGCUCAAAACCAGAGGAGAAGUCAAGUGAAAAAAAUGUAUCACUUGAAGCCAGAAAAAAACUUACACCAUCUACUGAAAUAAAUAAAAUUAAAAAACCCGAUCUAAAGAAAUCAUUGAUGACAUUGAGAUCUAACUCUGAUUCAUUUGAUAAACAAAAAGUCUCUUUGGUCAACAAUAAUAGGGAUUCAUCGGAUAAUCGACUUGUAGAUACCAGAUUACAUUCACGUCCUACACGUUCAAAAAAUAUAUCGAUGGAAUUUCAUAGAGAUUCAUCUGAUAAUCGCCCUGUAGAUCCCAGAAUACAUUCCAAAUCUAACCGAGCAAUAAAUGUCUCGGUGGAGCUCAAUUCACCUGGAUCUUCAGCCAACGAUAAGGGAAAUUUGUCAGAUAAUCCGCCUAUGGUUGCUUCAAUAUUUAGUUUACCUGCUCCACCUUGCCAGUUGGAACCUCCUCAAGAAAUAGUGCAAGAAAACUACAAAAGGCGUCCUGAUCCAAGGUUAUGCCAACAAAUGACUCGAAAACAAACUUUUACAGGUGAAGUGAUUAACGAAAGACAAACAAAUGGGAGAGUGGCUAGCUACAAAAUUGCUACUGUUAACAUUGACAAAAUAAUUAACAAAAUCUUGAAGUGGGACACAUCUUGGCUCGAGUAUCAAUUGACGUCACUCAGUUUUGAACCUCGCGUAAACGAAAGUGCUGCCGAAAAGAUACCUUUGAAAUUUCCUAACUUCAAACGAUACUUUGAGAUUUUCAGUAAACUGAUUUUUCUGGAGACUUGGGAAUCUAUUUUCAGGUCUUAUGUAGAUUCAAGGCGAUCACAAGCAAGGGUUCAACCAAUAGUUCAAGGUAUGCGAAAACAUGAGAGUUUUACGUAUUUGGAUUGCCAUUAUGAUAUAACUGCAGUGCAGAAUGAAAAGGGCGACUUCUGCAAACAAGAUGAUUUGAUUUUGGUUGAAUAUAACGCCAUGGGUUUGCGCAAUGCCAAAAUGACAUUUGGAUUAGUACAAAUUUCUAAGUCUAUACAAAAUAUUAAAUCUUAUAAAUAUUAUGCAAAAAUUCAUUUUACUGUAAUGGUAUCGUGUGAUUUGUUGAUCAAUUCAAAUAAUGGCUCUUUGCCAAGGGUUAUUAUCCAACGGGUUGCCAACCUUCGUACACAAAUUAUAAUGUUCAAGGUUCUAGCAAAUUUUGACAAAUCCCCGCUUCAACCUAUGCUUCUAUACCCUAGAAUCAGUGACUUCAAGAUUGCGGUUACACAUGAGAAAUUUAUAGUACCGCCAGUGGAAAAAUUGAAUAGUCAACAACAACGUAGUGUCUUAGAAGCAGCCAGUCUCUGCACCGGCGAUAAACCUGGAAUUUAUACCCUUAUAGGUCCGCCAGGCACGGGAAAGACUCACACGAUUGUUAAUAUAUUAUUUCAGAUUAUCUUUAAUCAUUAUUUUGGCAAAGCUAAAUCUAAGCCUCCUAUGAUUUUAUUAGUAGCGCCCUCUAAUGCUGCUGUAGAUUAUUUGAUCACUAAAAUAGUGAGUCUCAAAGAAAAGCUACGUGAAGAACUCAAACGAAAAAUCAAAUGUGUUAGGAUUGGUCCAAUGACCAGUAUAAGUAAGGCAGCGAGAUGUUAUACAUUACAACAUUUCGCAGAACGACAUGUCCCAGUUUUACGCCAACACAUACCUGAAAUACAGGAAGCCAGAAAAAGAAAAGUAGAUGUGGUAGAAUUUUGUAAAGAGUUCUUUGGAAAAGAUUACCACAAGGAACUGAGAAUUAGUGAAAAUAUUUUGAUGGAAAACAGCAACAUAAUAUUAACGACUCUGGGCAGUUGUGCAUCAAAUGCGAAGAUAAUUGAAUCUAUACGAAAGGGUCUAAUUCAUCCUACUUGCUGCAUUAUAGACGAAGCCACCCAAUGUCACGAGCCAGAAUCUCUUCUUCCUACCAUGUUGGGAAUCGAUAAAAUUGUUAUGGUAGGAGAUCCCAGGCAAUUGAAUGCCACCAUUUUGAGUAAGGAAGCCUCACAAUUAGGCUUUGGUGAAAGCUUGUUUAGUAGGCUGGUGAAUAAUUUCGAAAAAGCGCGCGAGUCGCCUAUUCAAAUGCUAACAACCCAAUAUAGGAUGCAUCCGGAAAUAUGCAGCUUCCCUAACCGAAAAUUUUACCAAGGAAAAUUACAGUCACAGCCAAAUCCAAAAAACAAACUACCCGAUAUAAUUAAACCCUAUUUAGUAUUCAAUUGUACAAAUCAAGUUAGUCAAGAUGAUUCAGACUAUACCAACCCAGAAGAAAUGCGUUUGAUAAAAAAAUUACUAGCCACAAUAAUCCAAGUGGUAAAUAAUAAAAAACUGAAAUAUUCAGUGGGCAUAAUCACUCCUUAUAAUGCCCAAAAAAGUUUAAUUCACGAUAAUCUUAAAGAUAUAGGGAAAGAUAAUUCAAAUUGGGAAAUUAACAUUAACACAGUGGACAGUUUUCAAGGAUCCGAACACGAUAUCGUUAUAAUUUCGUGCGUACGUGAAUCGACAAAUAGUUUUGUACAAAAUGUGAAUAGACUGAAUGUAGCUUUGACGCGUGCUAAACAGGCCUUGUACAUCUUUGGGAAUUCGACUUUAUUUAGAGAAUGUCGGCCAUUGUACGAUUUGAGAGAAGAUGCCAGGGACAGAAAGGUCUGCUUAGAUAUUAAUUCGAGGUCGCAAAGUAUGAAGGAUUUUCAUCAAUAUCUUUGCAGACAGUAAUAAUCAUUUUUGGUAAUUUUCACUUUUUAAUUUAUUAGUUGUUAUAAGUAUGUAUAAUAUGUUGUCUUAUUUAAUAUUAUUAUAGUAAUAAUGUUGAUUCCUGUAACUACAAAAAUAAUAUGUAAAUAUUUUGUUUAAUUAAAACUUUUUACAAUGUG